GCAGUUAUCAAAAAAUGGCAAGAGAGCGCCCCUCGAACAACUGUUGCGUAUUUUCUGGUUCUAUUGCAACCUUGGCCCUGGGUAUCACUAUUCUUGUAUACGGUUGUUCGAUCCUGAAGAGCAGCAAUCCUUGUAUCAGUUUUAUGAUGAUCGGCUCCGUCCAAUUAGCAGGCGGGGUGGUGGCUGUCGUCACUGGAGUCCACAUGAUCCUGGGGAGCUGCGGCGGCCUAGGAAAGAAGAUUCACGGUUCAUACUGUGCGGCACUGUUUAUAAAUCUUUUACUGGCAGUAGCCACGCUUUGUUUAAGCAUUCUGAUGAUGCAAGACUCCACCGAAUACUCGGGCUCUCUCGAGAAGGUGCCGAACCGGGGUUACGUGGAAUACCGUUUCCAGUCAUUCUCUUCCAGGCUUCGCGGUCGGGUUAGCGAUGUGCAUCGCUGGAACGGAAUCGCAGCUUGCCUCGGCAUUGGCGACGGUCCCUGCGCUGACCUCAAGAGCGCUUCUUUCAACUUCUCCACCGCUCAAGAACUUUAUGCUGCAAGCCUCUCCCCCGUACAGUCUGGAUGUUGCAUUCCUCCACAGAGUUGUAACUUCACUUUUGUGAGUCCAACAAAUUGGAAACCGACCAUCAAUCGAACAGCAGCUCUGGAUGCUGACUGUGCUAGGUGGAACCAUGACCAAUACAAAUUUUGCUUGGAUUGUGAUUCUUGCAAAGCAGGAGUACUACUUGGUUUCGCCGACAAAUUUAAAAAGCCAUCUACUGCACUGGUUGUUUCCUCUGCGAUAGUGGUUACUGUAAUACUUCUUUUAUUCAUUUAUGUUCUUGUGGUGGAGAUAUUAAAUGUAUAAAUGAUACCUUAAUUAACUAUUGGUAAUGUAGCAAUUUGGUACUUUAACUCUUAAAUGAAUCAAAAUGGUAUCUUAAUUAUAUAUAAAUGUUUCGAUUUGAGAUUUUAUUCAAACUUCCGAUCAAAAAAUCUUUCAUGACGAUCAAAAUUGCACGUGUAGAUUCACCAUGUAAUGAUCAUAUGGACAAAAAUAAGGUGAAGUAGACUUUACGCAUAGAAUUAUGGCCGUCACAUGUGAUUUUUUAGUCAGAAAUUUGAAUAAAAUCUCAAUUCAAAACAUUUAUGUAUAGUUAAGGUACCGUUUUGAUUCAUUUAAGAGUUAAGGUACAAGUGCAACAUUACCAUUAGUUAAGAUAUCCUUUAUGCAUUUGACUCCUUUCUAGCGUUUGACUAAAGAACACUCGUGGAGUUGUGGACUCCUAAUUGAUGAAGUUUUAUACUUUUAAUAAGAUCAAAUAUGUCAUGUUUCGAGAAUCAUAAACAUAUAGUCAUGUUUAUACACUUUGAUUAACUUUUAAUCCUAUACUAAAGUAAUUACUCCCUAUUUAUUCAUCUAAUAACUGAUUUCCAAUUCUCCAAAACCGGCUAAAUUUGCCAUAUUGAAAGCUAUGAAAUCUCUUAUUUAUACUAGUUUUGUG